CAAAAAACCCACCACUUCCAACCUCACCGUCGCCCGUCGAAACCCCCCAUACACAAUCAGCCAAAAUGGAGAACGAGAAGGGAGAGAUCGUCGAUCUCUACGUGCCCCGCAAGUGCAGCGCCACCAACCGCAUCAUCAAGGCCAACGACCACGCCUCUGUCCAGAUCUCCGUCGGCAAGGUUGACGAGAACGGCCGCUACACCGGCGAGAACCAGACCUAUGCCAUGUGCGGUUUCAUCCGUGCCCGCGGUGAGAGCGACGACUCCCUCAACCGCCUGGCCCAGCGUGAUGGUUACCUCAAGAACGUGUGGACCGCCUCUCGCCAGCGCUAAAUUUGCCUGCUGAGGUAUGGUUUGCAUUGGAGGGUGUUGACGGGUUGAUAUGAUAACGAACUGUGGCUUAUAUCGGUCCAGUUUGAAGGAUCGGUUAUGAGAAAAAAAAGGGGAGGAGGAGUACUUAUGAUGUCUCCUUCGGUUUGAAUUUUUUCUUCCUUCGGGAGGGAGCCCUGUUUUCCUACUGUCCUAUCUAUCGAAAUGAAAAAUGGAAUCGACGACUUCAUGGGUCUGGUUUUCUUUGAACGAUUACCACCCGUUCAAUUCUUCUCUUCGCCUUUGCUUUUCUUCCCGAUAGAUAUGACUCGGGAAGCGACGUCUUUCUCGAGUCCUCAUUCCGCCAGUACCCAGCCAAAAAGGUUGAACAAAGAAAGUUAACAAGAAAAAAUCAAUUCAAAAAAGCUUAAAAACACCACUCCCCUGCAUUCCAUUCUUCUCUUCUUGACUUGAACGAACCGGCACAUCAAGGCUUCCUCAUCCCUGUGGACUCAGAAACCGGGUUGCUCACGCGAUCUGUGAUUCUGAUGUCUGCUCUCCAUGGGCGAGGAAGUAGAAAUAGCACAUCCAGCCGAAUAUUAUACAUCCAAAACCCGCCUUCUGAAGAGCCACCGUUGCAGAGAUCCAUGCACUGGGGCACAGAUACGGGUGGGACACCCCCUAUAGAAAAUUCCUGGAGUUUGAAUUACAUGAAUGCUCGGCCUGCUCUCUUUCUAUUCCGCUCAUAGUAGAUACGUAGACCUUUAAACCUGCAUUUAUGACGAG